AAGUCAAAAUACUUCGAAAAUGUUGAGAAACUGUCAGACGAAAGUGCCAGUGAAUCAAAAAUUUCUUAAUUUCUAAAUCAUCAUUACAAUUACACAUAUGUCUCAGUUUACCAAAUAUUUCCUUGCUCGUCGAUUAUUUCAAUAUCCACUAGGAAGCCAGUGUAAAGGGCAGUAUCGGCUAAAGCAUGUAAUUCCAGAACGCCUGAAGAAAGUGCCAGAGCAAUCUGAUCCUAAAUUUUCUGAGAUGAUAGAAUACUUUUUCCAUCAAGCAUGUAUUGUUUGUGAAGAUAAGCUUGUUAAAGAUUUAGGAAAAAUUCGAGGAAAUAUUGAAACGAAGGARCAGCGUCAAGCUAAAGUUACAGCCAUUUUCAAGCAAAUUGAGGCAUGCGAUGCCAUGAUAGAAGUGGCAUUUCCGAUGAAACGAGACACUGGAGAGUAUGAAAUAAUUCAAGGAUAUAGAGCGCAACAUAGUCAACAUAAAUUGCCAACCAAAGGGGGAUUGCGAUAUUCAGAAGACGUAAACGCCGAUGAAGUUCGAGCCCUAUCCGCUAUAAUGACGUUCAAGUGUGCAGCUGUAGACGUACCAUAUGGUGGAGCUAAGGCUGGAAUCAAAAUUGAUCCUAGGAAGUACUCAUUGUUAGAAUUGGAGAAAAUAACUCGGAAGUUUGCAUUAGAAUUGAUUAAGAAGGGAUUUUUGAGCCCUGGAGUUGAUGUACCAGCACCAGACAUGGGUACUGGCGAACGUGAAAUGGCAUGGAUGAUGGAUACCUAUUCGAAAACACUCGGAUAUCAAGACAUGAACUCUCAUGGUUGUGUCACAGGAAAGCCGAUAAAUCAAGGUGGAAUUCAUGGUAGAGGUUCAGCUACGGGUAGAGGAGUUUUUCAUGCAACCGAACAUUUCAUGGACAACGAAUGUUACAUGGAGUUUCUGAGUAUGAAACCAGGCAUCAAAGACAAAACAUUCAUUCUGCAAGGUUACGGAAACGUUGGCUCACAUACUCACAGGUAUUAUCACAGAGCAGGGGCCAAAUGUAUUGGUAUAAUCGAAAUCGAUGGAUCAAUUUUUAAUGAGAAGGGUAUUGAUCCUGCUGCCCUAGAAACGUACAAGUUAGGCCCAGGAAAAGGUAGUAUUGUAGGCUUUCCUGGAGCUAAAAAGUAUGACGGCGAUUUAUUUGAACAUGAGUGCGAUAUUCUUGUACCUGCUGCCAAGGAAAAAGUAAUAACAAAAGAUAAUGCUGGAAAAAUCAAAGCAAAAUUAGUGGUAGAAGGAGCUAAUGGGCCAACAACACCAGCAGCCGAUAAAAUUUUGAUGGAGAAAAAAAUUAUUGUCAUUCCAGAUAUACUGGCUAAUUCAGGAGGAGCUUCAGAGAAAGACAUUGUCCACUCAGGACUGUAUUUUACGAUAGACCGAUCCGCCAGAUCCAUUCAAAAUACUGCAGCCGAUAUGGAACUGGGCAUAAACUUUCGGCUUGCAGCUUACGUUAAUGCGCUUAUGAAAGUGUUUCAUACAUAUUCCACGGCAGGAUUUGCUUAUUAAUAUACCAAUGUAACUCC